UCUCUCUUUUUUCUCUCUCCACUCUUUUUUUUUUAUUUUAUUUUAUUAUUUAUUUUUCUCUUUCUUAAUCAUCAUCAUCAACAUCCUCAUAAUCGUCAUCUCUCAUUUUUUUGUUUCUCUCUCUCUACAUUUAUCUCUGUCUUCCCCACAGCCCAUCAUCUCUUUGCUGCUAUCUCUAUCUAUCUCUAUUUAUCUUUUCUAUUCUAUCUCUCUUUGCCAUAGCCAACCUCGCUGGGUACCUUUCUCACAGUCAUUUUCAUUUAAAAAAUUUUAUUUUUUUUAAAAGAAAAAAAAGUGGGCGGUAGCAGUAAACAGCAGAGAGAGAGAGAGAGGAGAGAGAAAAAAUAACUAGGGGCCUCAUCAGAACGGGACAGUAGUGCAGUAGUACUAGUUGUUGAUGAUGAUGAUGAGGAUGAAUAUUAUGCUCUCUCUUACUACUACUUCUACUUCUACUUCUACUCUUGCUUAAUUAGCUACCUCCUUUCUCAUUCUCUCUCUCUCUCUCUUUCUUUCUCUCUUUGUCUUCUUUACUGCUGCUUUUCCUUAAAAGAAGAUUUUUAAAAAAACUCGACUAGUACUGCCCUGGAUCUCUCUCUCUCUUUCUCUUACCCUGCUAUAAUAUUCCAUGCGUUUCAUUCCAUUUCAUCCCUUUCUUCUUCAAGUAAAUACAGUACUCAAAUUAAACCAAAUCCAAAUUCCCAAUAAUCCUUAUUAGUUAUACGAUUUGGAUCUCUCUCUCUCUCUUAUUAGUUAGUACAAUUUGGUUUAUUAUUUAAACAAAGGUUUUAAUUAUCAAUUUGAGAGGGAUAUAUAUAUAUAUAUGCAGCACGGAAUAGAAGGAGGUGGUGGUGGUGGCGGUGGAGGAGUGUCGUUGAUGGAGGAUACUACUGGAACAACAGGUGGUACUGAGUCGGCGAUGGAAGUACAAGCAACAGGUAGUGGAGGAGUAGAAGCGGCGUCUCCAAUCAGCAGCCGGCCACCUGCAGCCUCAUCUCUGAAUUUAGAUGAGUAUAUGGCCAUGUCUUCUGGGGGAGGCGGAGGAGGUGGGAGCAGUGGGGGUGGAAAUCGAUGGCCUAGGCAAGAAACAUUAGCUCUUCUCAGAAUUAGGUCAGAGAUGGACACUGUGUUCCGUGAUGCCACACUCAAGGGUCCACUAUGGGAAGAUGUCUCCAGGAAGCUAGCAGAGUUGGGAUACAAGAGAAGUGGCAAAAAAUGCAAAGAAAAAUUCGAAAACGUUCACAAAUACUACAAACGAACCAAAGAAGGCCGUGCUGGCCGUCAAGAUGGUAAAACCUACAAGUUCUUCACCGAGCUAGAAGCUCUCCAUGCCUUUAACCAACCUCACCACCAAACCCUCCCUCCUCCUCUUCCUUCUCAACCCUCUCUCGGCGUUGGUAUCAGUAACCCAAUGCCCAUUUCCUCUUUCAGAGCUCCUAACAUCACUAUCACUACUCCUCCACCUCCUAAUUAUCCCACACACCCACCACCGCAACCACAACCACAACCACCACAACCACAACAACCCCAGCAUCAGCAGCAGCCCAUUACAACAGCUGCAGCUCCUAUUCCUGCACUCAGUUUCUCCUCCAACACCGCAUCCUCAUCACAUGGCUCGGAAGAUGAUGACGAUGAAGACGACAACGAAGAUGAUGUUUUCGAAUUAGGAGAGCCUUCCACGGCUGGUGUAGGAAUUAGCAGCAGCCGCAAACGUAAGAGUAGAGAUUGGUCAAGCAGGCACAGUAGUGGUAGUACGAUGGAGUUUUUUGAGAACCUAAUGAAACAGGUUAUGCAAAAACAAGAGGCUAUGCAGCAGAGAUUCUUGGAGGUUAUUGAGAAAAGAGAACAGGACAGAAUGAUAAGAGAUGAGGCUUGGAAGAGACAAGAGAUGGCUAGACUGAGUCGUGAACAUGAGCUUAUGGCUCAAGAGCGAACCAUUUCUGCUACAAGGGAUGCUGCUAUUAUCUCUUUUCUACAGAAGAUUACUGGGCAGACAAUCCACUUGCCUGAUCCUCCUCCUCCUCCACCACCUCUCAACACAAUAACCACUUCUACUGCUGCAACAACCACUCCAAAUAUCAUCAAUAUUCCCAAUGUUACUAUUCAUCAUCAUGUUCCAAUUACCACUACUUCUACUGCUCCACCCCAGGCCCCUAUUACUACUGCCAUUACUACUACUACUACUACUACUGUACCUCCUGCUGCUGCUGCUGCUGCUGCUGCACCAUCUCCUCCAGCUGUGAUGAUCCCACCUGUUGUUGUAACACAGCAGCAACCACAACAGCAGCAACUAGUGAUUAGCCAAUCGCCACACGCAGCUCAUGAUCAACAGGAUCAUACUGGGGGAAGUACAACACCUUCUUCAUCAAGAUGGCCUAAGGCAGAAGUUCUAGCGCUUAUAAAGUUGAGAAGUGGGUUGGAAUUCAAGUAUCAAGAGGCAGGCCCCAAGGGACCUCUUUGGGAAGAUAUUUCUGGAGAGAUGACUCGGAUGGGAUACAAGAGGAGUGCAAAGAGAUGCAAAGAGAAAUGGGAGAACAUCAAUAAGUAUUUCAAGAAAGUGAAAGAGAGCAACAAACAAAGACCUGAGGAUGCCAAAACUUGUCCAUACUUUCACGAACUGGAUGCCCUUUACCGCAACAAGGUUAUUGGGACUAGCAUGGUUACACCACAACAGCAUCAUCAUCAGCAGCAGCAGCCGCCAAAACCACCUACACCUGCUGCUCCACCUGCACCUGCACCUGCACCUGCACUUGCAGCACCACCACCCAAUAUUAAUGUACCAGCUGAAAUCAAAACCUCUGGCCCGGCUGCACCUACCAGUACCACCUUCCAACAACAGCCAACCGAUAAGCCAGAAGACAUUGUGAUGGAGUUGAUGAAAGUACAUGAACAGGAGAAAUGUGGAGGUGGUGGAGGAACAAAAGCUGUAGUACUGCCCAAGCAACGACAGUUAUUAGUGAAUGAUUAUGAUCAUGAUAGGGCGCUUGAGGAACUGGUAGAGAGUACUGAGGAUGAUGAUCAUGAUGAAGAAGAUGAAUUAGAUGAUUAUGAUGAAGAAGAAGACAUUAUUGAUGAAGAUGAUGAGGGCGGUCAAGUAAUUGUUGAUCAGAGGAAAAUGGGUAAUUAUAAAAUGCAACUCCACCACCAUCAUCAGCAUCAGCAGAGACAACAUAGUGCAGUAGUGGCAUCAUCCAAUAAUGGUAAUGCUACUGCUACUACUACUACUACUCCAAAUGACACACCACCUUCCUUCUUGGCCAUCCCCAUGGUUCAAUGACUACUACUACUACUACUACUACUAUAUCAAUUCAUCAUCAUCAUCUACCUAUACCUGGCUACCUACCUAGCUAAAACUAUAUAUGUGUAUAUCUAUCAUGAGAAAAUUCUAACACACCCACAUAUAUAUAUAUAUACAUAUCAUCAUGAUCAUCUUGAAAUUAAUUCACCAUAUGCCGCCAUUUCUCAUAACGUACGUAGUAGCUAUAUUGGAUGGAUGGAUGGAUAUUCUCAUCAAAAUUCAUGAUUCUUUUUCUAUAUAUACCUUUGGAACUACUUUGUACGUAGUACCUCUUCUUUCUCAUCUCUUCUCCUGUUCCAUCCUAUAUAUACAUAGCUUUCUACAAUUUUUGUUUUUGUUCCUUAUCAGCUCUAUAUAGCUAGCUAGCUAGCUAGCUCUGAGUAUAAUUAUGAUGAUGAUGAUGAUGAGAUACGUACGUAGACGUACGUACGUACAGCGGUGAAAUUAUAAGGUUGUAGAGAGAGAGAGAGAGAGAGUUUGAGAUUAUUUUCUAAUUGAUUGAUUUAUUAUUUGUUGGUGAAUAAAAAUCAGCCCUACACACGUUUGACAAACCCCCAAACGGAUGAGGCAAAGGAAUUAUUAAUUAAUUUAUAUUAUUCAAAGUAAAUUAAUUACGAGAUUAA